GGGGGCGGCGGCGGCGGUUAAAGCGGAGCCGGGCACCGGGCUGGAGCCGCCGCGCGGAGCCGGGUCUUAGCCCCCAGAUCUAAUUGGUUGCCUGGCCUUUCAUUUGUGGCAAGCAGGAUAAUGGCUGCCAGCAAGAGCAAGAACCAGAGUUCCCUGGUCCUCCAUAAAGUAAUUAUGGUUGGCAGUGGAGGUGUGGGCAAAUCUGCACUCACUCUUCAAUUUAUGUAUGAUGAGUUUGUAGAAGACUAUGAACCUACCAAGGCUGACAGCUACAGAAAGAAAGUAGUUCUGGAUGGUGAAGAAGUUCAGAUAGACAUUCUGGACACAGCAGGACAGGAGGAUUAUGCAGCUAUCAGAGAUAACUAUUUCCGUAGUGGGGAAGGGUUUCUUCUAGUCUUCUCAAUAACAGAGCAUGAAUCCUUCACAGCAACAGCAGAGUUUCGGGAACAGAUCCUGCGUGUGAAGGCUGAAGAGGAUAAAAUCCCUUUGCUGGUAGUGGGAAACAAAUCUGACUUGGAAGAGCGCAGACAAGUGCCUGUAGAAGAGGCUAGAAGUAAGGCAGAGGAGUGGGGUGUGCAGUACGUAGAAACCUCUGCCAAAACUAGAGCGAAUGUAGAUAAGGUAUUCUUUGAUUUAAUGAGAGAAAUAAGAGCAAAGAAAAUGUCAGAAAACAAAGACAAGAAUGGCAAGAAAAGUGGCAAGAACAAGAAAAGCUUUAAAGAAAGAUGUUGCUUACUGUGAUGCUUGGGAACUGUAAAUAUCUAUCUACAGGUGGCAUGGAUAAGAUACCACUAAGGAUAUAGGGCUGGAUUCAUGAAAGGAAGUCUGUAUUGACUCCCUUGUCUUUUGCUUUGCGUAUCACACCUUCAAAAUGUGAAAACAGAACUUUGAAAGCAUUUCUGGUAUCCAACAAAACCUAUGCCUACUUAAACUGAAAUGGGCUCUGUCUUCCCAGUGUCUUUCAAAACUAGAAAUAGUUUCAGAACUACAAUCCUUCUGCUUGGUUAUACAAAGUACUUCCAUAUUAACUUCCUAGUUUACUCUAAUGUUUCUCUUGAACCUCUACUAGCCUUAACAAGCACAGCUGUUCAGGUUCAAACAUUUUUUCACUCUUACUGCCCUCCUUGAUGUUGCAAACUGCAGAAAAGCUAGAUGAUGUCUGGUAAAGGGUUUGAGUCUCCAUCUUCUGUUAGUCCUCACUGAUACUACUUCCACUGAAAUCUGCUGGCUUACUCCCCAUGUUCCAUGUAAGAAAUAGCAACUGACACUUGAGUCAACUCAAAACAAACUUUCUUCCAUGUUCUGUUUAGUCAAUACAGCAUUCAUGAAUCAAGCCUAUGGACUCAAUUCAGACUUAUUUAGGCAAUGCAAAAAUUGAUAUUUAAAUACUGGCUAGAUGCAUUCCCUGCUGGUCUGUCUUAUCAUCCUUAAAGUAGUGAUAUGGGGUGAGAAAAUGACUGUAAGCCUUUCUUCAAAAGAACUAAUAUUGUCACCAUUGCCUUGAAAUGAUGUCCUGGGUUUCUUCCAUGUAUUGUGGGUAGACUCAGUUACACUCACUCUACAUCUAUCAUCCUUCCCCUCCCUGGUACUGGAAUAGUGAAAAUCAAAGUGAUUUCAUCAGUUUUGUUUAUAUGGGAACACUUGUGAUCAUGUUGGAAAGUGGGAAUAUCUGCAUCUGUCUCUUGUCUUGCUGAAGAUGAAAACUUUGAGUAAGGAUAGGUCACAUCACACAGUCAUGACUUGGGAUAGGUAAGGCAUACAUGCUACCUCUCAAUUAGCUGGCUAGUGAGUUGUAUGGUGUCAAAAAGCAAAUGAAGUUAAGCAGUUGCCACAUCUGUUACUCACUGUUAACUUUAUAUGUACUGUUUCUCAUGCACAGCAACCUAGCACAUGGGGAUGCAGGUUGAGUUUUGCUGUCAGUUAUGCAAUGGUGGUCACGUAUUGAUCAAUAAAAACCAGCCUAGAAAUGGAAAAGUCAGUACUUAGCAGGUCCUCUUGUCAGCUGACUGAACUGGGCUUUCUGUUACAGUUUCAAUUAAGUGCAGUUGCCAAAAACCACUUCUGUCACUGUUGUGGAAAGUAACUGUCUCUUCUGAUUGUGGAGCCUCUCAAUGAAUUAUGGCUAGCUUCUGUUUUGAAGCAGUAGAGAGACUUAAAGUAGUGACUGUACCUUGCUUGUUAACUGGAUGCUUAAAACACAGUUACUUGGUGAAAGGAGUAUGCUAUGUGGUUGUUCAAUGAAGCACACUGCAGCACUAAAUUAACAAAUAAUGUUUCUUCUUGAGGUGAAGAACUAGCAAAUACUGUUCAGUAUUUAGUAUUGUAAUUUGAGGUUGAAAAAAACAUUUUUUAACAUGUACUAGAUUGCUCUUGUGCAUUCCACCUCUGAACUUUGAAAAAAGUAAGAUGUGUUAGAUAUCAGAACCUCUGUUGGCCUGAGGUUUCACAGGGACUUAUUGCAAACUCAUUGUCUUCCAUAACUGGUUCAACUUGUCAGGCAACUCAUUGGAUUGGGGAAACUGUACUAAAUAAAAGGUGCUGUAAUCUUCUUUCUUGUCAAGUUAAAUUCCUUCUUUGUUAAUGUUAUCUUGUAUGCGCAGAAAGAAUGGUUAACCAAUUCUGGGAAUACUUCUCUUUGAACAGUGUAAUUAAUUGGUAUUACAAAGCCAACUUGACAAUACAGUUUUGAAGCAGAGGCUGGGAGCCUGCUGGCUUGCAGAACUUGUCACUUGAGCUGUAUCACCUAUGUCUAAACCCUAAGCACCUAAUGGGACACUUGGAGCUGUAACACUUAACAAAGUUUCCUCUUGAACUUCCAUGGAUGAAGUCCAUUUUUGAGUGCAUAUUGUGCAUACAGCAAAUGAAUGUCUCCUUCUGGAGGAAGGCAACUCACUUAGGUUUGGUUUUAGUUGAGACCUAAAGGUUAAGUCCUUAAUUAACCUAAAGGAUAAACAACAGUUGAGUUCACAUUACAAGCAUAUCUAGGUCAAGCCCCUCUGAGGCAGAUUGUAAAAUGUGUCUAACAAAACUGAAUAAGCUUUCCUUGCUAUAUGAAUAAUGAACUCAGCAAAGCUCACAAUGAGCAGCUCAGCUGUAUUGGCUCAAGCAACUUGCAUGCCUUGACCUUUGAUCUCUUUAAUCUUAAAGUGCCUGACAGUAUCUGAUAGGACAGAUGAAUUUCUGCUCAGAACAGUGAGUCUCCCACCAGUGUUCUUACAGUCCAUGUGCUGUUCUCACUCAGGUUUGUUUUUUUAACUGAUAAAGCUCCAGCACCGAGAUGGACUUGCUUGGAAGAAGGUGCUUGCUGCUUCAUAGCUUGCUACUGCAUCUAUUCAGUAUUCUGUGCUUGUCACCUUUUCCAGAAAGACUAGGCCUGGAGGCUAAAUACAGCAGCUUUUCAGUAUUCCUUGUCUGUACUUGUGACAAACUUCAGUUUAACUUUCCAGUUACAGCUGAACACAUGAUAAACAAGGCAGCUACCUUGGCUGCUUCAUAACAGUGGGCAACAAGCAUUCUGACUUGUACCAGGAAGGCAAUAAAACUGCUCACCUGGACUGGAAUCCUGUUGCCUCCACCUCAUAUGGUGGAAGUGCCUGAAUGCAUGCCCUCCUAAAUAAGGGCAAUAGGAUUUGAGGGUCCUUGAAUGACUUCCAGGUGUGCUCCACUGGACAUCAAUGGACAUCAAUAUCAGGUGGGUUGACUAGAGUGAAUAAAAAAUGGCAUAGAGAAAUCCUUCAUUUGGACUUUAGGGCUUCCUGUGAGUGGAGUAAAGGGAGCUUUGGCUUCUAAACUAAAUGAGCACUUGCACAUUAGGGGUAUGUCAAACAAGGAGGACUUUGGCAAGAGGGGGGUGUGUGUGGCUGCCUGCUAGUCAUGCUGUGUAGCUGGGGCAACUUGAAGGCUGUAUUGAAGCUGAUAUUCCAGCAGCCUUUGCAUGUUAGGUAAAGACCAAGACUUCUCUUUGCCAGUAUAAUGUGCUCUUAAAUCUUUCUGGAGCAUGGCUGUAGGCAAAUAACUGGAUAUUUGAAGCUGGAGGUCAUGCAAGACUUGACUAUGCACUUGCACUUAAGCAUUCAAAUAUUAUUCUUGCGUGAUGGCUUAACAUAAAGUCAGGGAGCUGUUUACUGCUAUAUGCAAUCUUCCAUAUGUGGCUUAGCUGUGAGUAUUGAAGUGCUCCAGUCUUCCUUCUGGUUUGAGCAAACAUCUAUGAGACAAGUCCCCAUUAUAACAGGGGCUAAGUCAUUAUAUGAAAAAAACAGGUUAAACUCCAGGAGUGCAAAGGCAGACUUGACUCCUCUUUUUGAGUUUGGUUUUUUUUGAGGAGCAUCUCUCCAGAGGAGAGUACAGAUGCAGCAUGAAGUGCAUCUUCAAUGACUUGUGCCACGUGUUCUAUACAGACUAAUAAGCCUUUACUGCAAUUUCUAGGUGAACACUUGGCUUGAUGAAGAGAAAGACAUAUGCAUACAUUUACUGGGCAUUAAACUUCAGGAAGAUGUUAAUAGCCAUCUGAAGUUCCAGUUGAAUCCUAUCUGGCUAAUACAAUGCCUAAGAAUACCUUGGGUCUAAGGCACAAAGCUACAAUCUGGAAUGUAGUAAGAGGUGGGGGGGAAAUGCAUCUAACUAAAUGCUCACCAAGAUCUUUUUUCUAAAGCUUUCCAAAGUGUUAACCCAGUACUGGGGGCUGACAGGUCUAUCAAUUCUUCCUCAAAAAGAGGAUACUGUUUAUCAAUUCAACUCAGAGCUUAUGUAGACAGAAGCUUUCUUUAAUUGCUAUAAGCAUAUGUUGCAAUGUUCACCUCCUGUUGACUUUAUAGUUGGGAGAAGGAGGGAAGAGGAACAAAAAAGCUAUGAUUUUUCACCAUAAUCUCCACACUUCAUGGGAAUGGCAGGUGUUCCUCUUGGGAGGGGAAGGUGUUAUCUCUAACACCAAGAAAGAGGUUUAGCAUAGACGAAGUGAUUGUGAUGGCAAGAUUUAAUAAAACUGCCUCUAAACUAUGUAUGCUAUACUAUACAAUGUAAAUUCUUUUUUUUUUCCUUACAUAGCUUCAGAGCUCUCUAACUUGCACAAACAUUUUUAAUGUCUAUGAAACUGGUCACUUUCAUUAUCAUGCUAAUACAACUGAUUUGUAUUACUAUUGAUAAUAAAAAGAAAAAUAGGCAUAA